CAGCACUCUGAACUGGAUAACGUCUCCUUCAACCCGCAGCACAGACUCAUUUCUCUACACACCAGCUCUGAGUGGAUGCUCAGCAGGGGUGUUUGAGAUAUUAGCGCGCUGUGGGGGGAAAAGGCUCAGGGACUUCUUCCAUCCACAUACAAAAGAGCCGACAGUCAGGAGGAAUAUGGGCAAAUCCGAAAGCCAAAUGGAUAUCAUGGAGAAAUCAAGUAAACCUGGAAAGCGUCGUUGGACUGUUGCAGAAAUCGGUCUGUCCGUGCUGCUGCUGUUGGUCAGCUGUGCCUUGGCCGGGCUGGUAGUCCUCUACACAUCGAUUGUGAAAGAACAAUCUAACAAGACGAGUGUGUCGAGGAGCUCAACAAGUGAAGGCCAGAUGUCUCGCUCCAGCCUCGACAGUGUGUGCACAACUGCGGACUGUGUUACUGCAGCUGCUCGGCUCCUGCAGAACAUGGAUAAGUCUGUGAAGCCUUGUGAUAAUUUCUACCAGUAUGCCUGCGGGGGUUGGCUGGAGAGACACGUGAUCCCUGAGACGAGCUCCCGCCACAGCGUCUUUGACAUUCUGAGGGACAAGCUGGAGAUUGUCCUCAAAGGUGUUCUGGAGAUGGAAAAUCAAAAGGACAGAAAUGCCAUCAAGAAGGCCAAAGUCCUUUACAACUCCUGCAUGAAUGAGAGCCUCAUAGAGCAGCGUGACUCGCAGCCCCUUCUGAAGCUCAUUGAGAGUAUCGGAGACUGGCCCGUGGCGUCAGAUGACUGGAACACCACUACAGAGGAAGCAUGGAGCCUUGAGGACACACUGGCCAAGCUUACCGCUCAUUUCCACAAGAAGGUUCUGCUGGACAUGUACGUGUGGACGGAUGACAGAGACUCCCGGCGCCAUAUCAUUUAUAUUGACCAGCCGGGACUUGGCAUGCCAUCAAGAGACUAUUACUUCAACGAUGGAAACUAUAAAAAGGUUCGAGAGGCCUACCUACAUUUCAUGGUCUCCGUAGCGAAGAUAACCCGUGAGGACAGGAACUUGACUCAGGAUGACGACCGUGUGUGGGAGGAAAUGAUGCAAGUGCUGGAGCUGGAGACAGACAUCGCCAAUGCCACAUCGCCGGCAGAGGAGCGCCAAGAUGUCACCGUUCUUUACAACAAGAUGACAAUUGGAGAGCUACAGAGCACAUUCAGCUUUAAUGGUUUUAACUGGACACAGUUCAUCCAGGGAGUGCUCUCCAGCGUGUCCGUGGAGGUGCAGCAGGAGGAGGAGGUGGUGGUGUACAGCUCUCCUUAUCUGGAGAAGAUGAAUGAAGUUCUCCCCAAACACAGUGUCAGAACUAUGCAGAACUACCUCAUCUGGCAGCUUAUCAUUGACAGAGUUAAUAGCUUGAGCCGCCGUUUCAAAGACGCCAGAGCACGUUACAGAAAGACUUUAUAUGGGACCACUGUGGAGGAUGCGUGGUGGCGAGAAUGUGUCCGUUAUGUCCAGAGCAGCAUGGAGAACGCGGUUGGAGCUCUUUAUGUGCGAGAGACCUUUGCUGGGGAAAGCAAACGGAUGGUCAGUGACCUUAUCGGUAAGAUCCAGAAGGCGUAUGUGGAAACGCUGGAGGAGUUAAGUUGGAUGGAUUCAACCUCAAAGGAGAAGGCAAGAGAAAAGGCUAUGGCGAUCAAGGAGCAUAUUGGCUAUCCGGAUCAUAUUCUGCAGGAAAGCAACCACAAGCUUGACCAGGAGUACGCUCAUCUGAAUUUCAGUGAAGAGCUCUACUUUGAGAACAUCCUGGAAAAUCUCAAGUCAGAAGCACACAAGAGUCUGAAGAAGCUCAGAGAACCAGUCGACCCAGACUUGUGGAUAAUUGGUGCUGCUGUGGUGAAUGCAUUCUACUCACCCAACAGGAACCAGAUCGUGUUUCCGGCAGGAAUCCUGCAGCCGCCGUUCUUCAGUAAACAUCAGCACCAGGCCCUUAACUUCGGCGGGAUAGGAAUGGUUAUCGGACAUGAGAUCACACACGGAUUCGAUGACAACGGGCGUAAUUUUGACAAGGAUGGUAAUAUGCUAAACUGGUGGAGUAAUUACUCUGCAGAGCAUUUUAAAGAGCAGUCACAGUGCAUGGUGCAACAAUAUGGCAACUUCAACUGGAAGCUCGCAGGUGGACAAAACGUUAGUGGAAUCAGCACUUUGGGGGAGAAUAUUGCAGACAACGGAGGGGUUCGUCAGGCAUAUAAGGCUUAUUUAAAGUGGGUGGAGAUGGAGGGUGAGGAGCCUCAUCUGCCUGGUCUAGACAUGGAUCACAAGCAACUUUUCUUUCUUAACUUUGCCCAAGUGUGGUGUGGUGCAUAUCGGCCAGAGUAUGCCAGCCAGUCCAUCAAGACUGACUCCCACAGUCCCUUAGAGUACAGGGUGCUCGGAUCGCUGCAGAAUUUCGAAGCGUUCUCAGAAGCUUUCCAGUGCCAAAAAGGCAGUAAAAUGAACCCUGAGCAGAAGUGUCGUGUCUGGUAGAAAGUUUUACUCUUGAGAAAUGUAUUUCUUGACUUGGGCAACUCAAAUGAAAAGAACAAGAUGUACUCCUUAAACCCACAGAGACAUCCUGCUUAUUUCCAACUUAUUUGGGGCAGAGUGACAACACAGACAUUUGCAUUUACUGUAGAUGUAUUUAAAACGGAUGACAUCCUGGGCUACAUCGUAGUUUUAAAACUUGAAGCACGUAUACCAUAAAAAAAAAAAAGAAAAAAAGAAACUUGCUAAAGUGUUGUCUCUGGAUGAAAAGGUCACUUGUUCUGUUUUUUUGCUGUGUCCCACGGCAGGUGACUAGUGGGAAUAAAAAGGCUAUGUAGAAAAACUAAGACCUGGAAAAGGUCAAAGCUUAUAUGGCCGGCUUUAAAUGCUUUGCCAGCCUUUCUUGAAUUAAUCCUGAAAAGAAUCUCUUGUGCAGAUUUCUGUGAUUUUUCCAUUAUCAUUUGGCACUCAGCUGCCUUGGUAUCUUUCCUCUGAUGUAUUAUUUUCAAGACAUUGUGCCACUUAGGAAGAAACAAUAGUGAACAAAUCUCUGACAGAGGAGUAUGAAAUAAAAACAAGAGCUAUGGGCUUUGCGAAAGUGAAGCUACAAUAGAAUUAGUCACACUCUGAGAGUUUGGUCAUUCACUGUUACAUGAAACAAAUUACCUAAAGACUUUAAGACUGUUAAAUCUUUGCAGCUUUAACCUUAAAUUAACAUUCUGAGAGAGCUGCGGCUUUUUACACUCACAGAGUGGAUACAUAUUUAAAAUUUACAAAGCUAUUUAGUACUUUUUGGAGGAUAUUUUUUUCUAAAUUUCAUUAUCACGUCCUGCAAAUGAUUGUCGCUCAAUACUCACUGCAGAAAUGUAUAUGUACGUCCUGUGAGAAACCAUAUUCCAGAUGUUUUACUGGUGGCCUGCUACUUUUUUAAGCAAGUGAGAAAAAAACACCUGCUGGAGAUAGAGAGAUGUGAUAAUGAUAAAAAAAAGAAAAAUGUAUAUCACUUAAUUGCAUUGUUGCCAAGUUUAGAUAGAGGUUUGGAUAUACAGUAGGUUGCUAAUCACCGCUGUGUUGUGUGUUUAAAGCUCGCUCCCUCUCUUUUUUCUGCUUCCACACAUUCCACCUUUUUACAUGAUUUUGAGAGGUUAUAUAGCUACCAAAACAAUUUGCACUUACCUUAAUUUAUUCCAAAUUAUAACGUCUGCUUGUACGAUAUCUGUAAGUUUACAUUUAACUCAACACAGUGAUCGAAAUGUAGAAGAAGUGCGAUCUCCAACAAAAAAGAAGGAGACGCAAACACACAGUGAUAGCAAGACUUUUAGCCUCUGGGCUAGCCAAUUACAUGCUAAGGGUAAGAGAAGAAAAAACCCUCACAAACACACUCACACAUGGACAGAUGAAGUGGUUUGCCCUCUGAUCUCGCAUUGAUCAGCGCUGUGUGAGAUGAAAGGAUGAAGCGCAGUGUGCUGAAGCGUGGUGACUGACCGCUGCAGCCAAACCACCAGCCCGCAGGCACACACACACACACACACACACACACACACACA